UAGGGCUAACUUGUUCAUAAAAAACCCUCAAUUUAGGCCUAUCGUAACAAAACCCUCACACCGUCACACUCGCGUAUUCUUAACCCACCACUCUCACACAUCACCGUCGCAUCUCAAAUCACCACCGUCACACCUCGCCACCGCAUCUCAACCAUAGUCAUCGUAGCCUCGUCGCUUCUCAUCUAUCGCGUGCGCAUCAUCCUCCCGCUCUUCGUUUAAAGGAAAUUCUCCCACUAGUGUGGGGACUAGCCUUGCACUAGAGACAAUAAUUCAGAAUUGUCCUGUCGAUUUUAAGCCCAAUAGAAAUGAAGCCAGCAUCAAUAUUCUUGUCUGUUCAAGAGGAGGAGGGGGUCUGUUAGUGGAGCGCAUGGAACUAGUUGCCGAGUUAUGGCAGGAAAACUUUAAGAAAAUGUUUACAUGGCCCCCAACUUUGAAUGACAUGGUGCGACGCAACUUUGAAAAACGGAGUGAUUUACCAAUGUCACAUACAGAAUCAUUCUCUAUGAAUUGCAGUGUGAGUGGUGUUAGUGGAUUAGAUAAUUUUGAUGCGAAGAAGUUUGGAACAUUUUCUACAGAUCAACAAACAAGAGAAUUCAUGAUGAAUCGGUUUUUGCCGGCUGCAAACGCUAUGACAAUACAACCUUCUCAAUAUUCUUCAAAAAAGCAAUAUGUAGUACUAGUGGAACAACAGCUUAGAGAUAUUAACAAAUUGGUUCAGAAUGCAAAGAAGCCCCUGGUUAAUAAACACACCACUGAUAUUAUACCAUAUACUGGUCAAGUUCAAGACGAUGAAAGUGAAGAUGAAGGUGAUGUUUAUGACAAUGACAAUUCUGCGAGUAUGUUGAGUAAAGGAUGUGGUUUGUUACCUAAUUUACAUAUUAGGAAUUCAUUGUCCUUGUUAAAUCCUGUGGCUGAGGUUGGAAAAACUAACAAAAGCUCUCAUAUUAGAUCUUUUAGUCCAGUUCCAGCAGUAAAGAAGGCUUGGGAAGCAAUUCACAAGAACAAGUCAAGCAAUGUAGUUGCACCACCUGAGAUGCAAGAAGGAAAGAAGAAAUGGAGCAUUGAAUCAAACAGGUUUGGUUUUUCGGGCGAGCUUCCAGGUAGACUCUCUCCCUUUCGGCGUUCACGAGCUGCUGCUGCAGGCAUAUCUCCCUGCAGAAGUAAACCACAAUCUCCAUUUCAGGGCGUGAAGUUGCUCGGUGAUGCUAAAGAAACUGAAAUCAAUAAAUCAGGCAAUUUGAAAUUCUACAGCACUGGACUUGGUAAAGUACAAGGGGUUCCAAACCAAGGAGCCAAAAGAAGUUCAUAUUUAGGAAGUUUGGCAAUUGAAAAGACAUUGUAUAUAGACAUUAUAUCAUGUUUGAUUUGAAAACAUGAUAUAAAUUUUGUUUUGGAUUAUUGCCAUAGUAUUUCAAUUGAAGAUUAAUAUUAAA